AAGUAGACUCUGCGGUUCCAGUUCGCUCACGUUCACUGAGUAGAGUCUGUAGUAAUGGCAAACGCCUCUCAGUGUCUGGAUGAUGUGCCUAUGGGUGGUCGCUGGCCCGCAGCUCCCCCGGACCAGUACAACGAGGCUCACCGGCUGGCGAUGGAGGAGCUGGUAUCCGGGGGUCCUGAAGCCAUGCGGGGCUUUUUAAAGCGAGAGCGGCUGCCGAGCUUCUUGUCCGAGCCGGAGAUGGGGGAGAUCCUGGGCUGCGCCUCUGUCCUUCCGUGCGGCGAUGAGGAAAACUCCAUGUCCGCCUCGGUCGAUUGCUCGUCGGUCACUUACUUCCCGGAUCGCUCGGACGUGGAGCCGCCUAUUCUGGAGCUCGGCUGGCCGGCCUUUACCACCGGCUCGUACCGCGGGGUGACUCGUGUGGACGUGCACUUCCAGCCCAGUUUCGGGGACACCAUCUACACGUGCAAAGAGGCGGCCCGGGAGCUCAUCAGAUCUGCGCGAGAGGUCAUUGCCUUGGUUAUGGACAACUUUACAGAUAACGACAUAUUCAGGGAUAUCCAUGAGGCUUGCCGGAAACGUAGGGUCCCUGUCUACAUUCUAUUGGACCAGACACAAGUUUCUCACUUCCUUACCAUGUGUUACAAUCUGGGUGUUUCCAUUGAAACAGAGCCGCACAUGAGAGUCCGAUUAUUAACUGGGAACAAUUAUUAUACACGAUCGGGCACCAAGAUCAUUGGGAAGGUGCGGGAGAAGUUUCUGCUAGUAGAUGGAGUCAAAGUGGCAACAGGAAAUUACAGCUUCACCUGGACUGAUGGCAAGCUUAACAGCAGUAACAUGCUUGUUUUAUCUGGACAAGUAGUGGAGAAGUUUGACCUGCAGUUCAGAAUUCUUUAUGCCCAGUCCAACCCUAUCGGUGCCAAGCUUCUCUCGUCUAUAAGAUCCCGUGUUAUGUGCCUGGACAAGCUUCCAUGCAAGUUGCCUGCCUCCAAGAAACCUACACUGAGCAGCCUUUUGCGCAUGGAUCAGGCCAAGCUCUCCAGCACCCCAAAAAGGCAUUUUGAUGAAUUUGGUGCCAAGUUCAACAGAGAUGUUGUUGCCUUAGACAAAGCUGCAGAAGACGAGUGGCUCCAGAGCUGUGACAUUAUCUCAGGGCUCAAGGAAAUGCAGACUGUGGAAGUUCAGACCGAGCCAUGGGAGGGGAAGAAUAACGUCAGAGGGGUGGAUGUUGGCAUACAGACUUCGGUAGCUGCUGCAAAUGCUGCCACGCAGACCUCUGUAUUAUCAAGAAUGGCUUCCACCCAAACUGUAAUGGUCUCAAGAUCAAUUACUACUCAGACAACUGAAACUUCACAAUGUACAACCCAGACACCAGCACCCACAUCUUCUGUAGCCAGGCUCUCAAAUUCCUCCAACUCUUCCUCAUCCUCUUUUUCUUCUGCUUCAACAACCAGCACUGGCUCAAACUGUUCUAUGAAGUCAUCUGACUUCUCUGGCACUGCCUUUUAUCAGCCUGAAUAUCCACUGGGAAACUGCUUCAAGAAACUGACCAAGGACCGGCAGUAUCACUACUCCACCAUCCGCUCUAAACUCAACCACAUGGUGUCCAUAUUGUCCAAUCGAAACCGUGUGCCUAAUUCUUACAUGGCCAAUGAUGCACCGUGUUAUGGUCUGCAGAGGAGAGAGAUUAUGCACGGCAGUCUCCUCAAUCUUCGGGAUGGGGUACGCUUUUAUCCUAACAUGUGACUGUGGAUGGAUUCCAGGUCUAAGAUAUAUUAUUAAACCUUUUUAACCUUGUGUGCUUUCACUACUGCUUUAUGUCUCUUUGAAGCACUUUAUCUUUUUCCAGUGCCUUGACAUGAGUGGCAUGUUUUAGACCGUAGAAUAUUUUUGUCUAAAAACACCCCUCUUUUAUAGAUGUUUCUAAUGUUCUUUACCCAAUUCCUCCCUGAGGGGAGAAGCCUAACCUUAGGCAUAAAAAGAAGACAAGUUGGGAAUCUCCUGAAUUGGAGGAACAAGUUCAGACUCCUUUUCUAUUGUAGAUGGAUGAGAAGAAGAUUUUCAUGUCACCUGCUGUUUAAAACACCUCUGGGUGGUUGAUUUGAUUUCAUCAGAAAAAACGGCCUUACAUGCACUUUUAUUCCUUGCUUUUUUUUAUCAGACCAAUGACUUGUUUGUCUUUCUACAAUGAUCCAAUGAGUGACAUGUUUACUAGUCUCUUCUCCAUGUGCUAUGAAACGCCCACUGUGAGUAUGCGGCAGCAUUAAGACUAAAUAGUAGUCCAUAAAAUUAGCACUCAUUGACUUGUCUGUGAGACUAAAACAAUUGCCAUCUCGACAUCGGCAUUUUAUGGGCUCUGAGAUUUUUAUAAUUUUUCUGAGAACCAUAUCAAUGCAACCCACCUAAUAGCAGGUGAUAAUGAACAAUGAUGCAUUUGGCAGCAAGCCGAGCACCUGAGCACCUUUACAUUUAUGGGUUUCCCAUGAUGAGGUUACUGGUUUUGCCAUAUUCUGGUCACUAGAUGCCUAUAAUACAGCUGGAUUGGACCAAGGGCACGUGCAUGGGUGUGCAAGCAAAUACACAAUGACUGAAAAUAAAUCCCAAGGAAUGAUAUGUGCCUGCUAUGUAGAAAUGUGUGCAGUAAUACUAGGAUUUCUCGUUUGCAACUGGGAUAGAUUUAACACUUUUCACCCCCCUCCUUGUUUACUUUGUAUUUUAACAUUGGAAUUCGUUUUUAUUUGACUUUCCUCAAAUAUUUAUUUUGAGUCCAUUGCUGCACCUUCUGCAAAUAAAUGACUGUGUGUGGGGAACGCCACUGAAUAAUCAAGAGGAAGAGAGAAACCUGUGUGUCAUGAGAAAGAGAUUAUGUAUCCCAAACACCCAGAUAAACAUGUAAUUGCUAUAUGAUAUGUACUGUAUGUCACUACAAUUUUACAUUUGGAUUUUAAAUUUCCUUUCACCACUUUUCCUACUCUUACUCUUAAAAUUGGCUAUUUAGUCACAUGUAUAUGUUUUCCCUUUCAGUCGUCUUUUUGUUCUUUUUUUUUUUCCAUGAAUGGUCAGUGCCAUACCUUUGCUAUUAGUACUACCAACUACCGAAAAAUAUUUUAUAAUCCUAGGCCUGCCAGCCUCAGCAGUUGCUCUGGGACCAUGUGUUCCUUGGCAACACUUCUGAUUGACUUUAGGGCUAGUCCACACGAGGAGAUUCGGGAGAUUUUGUCGCCUGGCGACUAAUCGCCUCGUCUUUUGCGCGACUAUCUCCCUGAACUGUCUCAGCGUUUUUCCCCAUAGGCUACAACGCAAAGUCGCCAGGCGACAGAAUCUCCUCGUGUGGCCUUACCCUUACUAUAACCUGGACACAUAGGGGUAUAUUUAUCAAAGAGUGAAGUUAGAGAUCGCCACAAUCCACUAGCGUGAAAUACUGCCUCUCCAUUCAAUUCUAUGGGAUUUUUAAAGGUGUAUUUAUCAAAUGGUGGACUUUUGCUUUCACCCUUUCAGAAAAAUAAGCCUUUAAAAAUUUCAUAUAAAUGAAUGGAGAGGGGCGGUGUUACACUCUAGCGGAGUGCAACACCGCUCUUUGAUAAAUUUACCCAAUAGAAUCUAACUUGCUGGGACUUGCAAAAGAUAUGGAUUCUACAGUAUAUUGUUGGCAGGGAAAUAUGUUAUUUGGCCCCAUAGCAUUGCUCCGAGUAUUUGUCGUGCUGCUUUUUUACCAGGGUACAUCCUGCAAUGUGAAUGAAAACACUAAGGGGCGUUAUGUUUUUCUUACACUAUAAAAUCUGCUAAUUUAGCAUAUACUGACUUGAUUUUUGGGCAGCAACCUGUGGGUUCAAAUCUGGGUGAUCCAAUCAUUUGUCACACAGAACAACAAUCAGACGGUAAUGGGAACCUAUGAACCUAGCUUGACGGUAUUAAUGGGUGUUUGUUUGUUUUUUAGUCUAUGAGGAAGAUAUUCCGGCUAGAAAUAAUAGUUACUUCAAAUACCCUUCCUAACCUAUAUUGUUAAUAAUAAUCGGGAAAUAAUUCAUCCGCUUAAAAUGUCAGAUGCUGGAUGAGCUGUACAACAUUAUUGUUUGGGGAUAUAUACCAUCAAAUUCAAUGUUUUUUUUU